AGAAGACGCUGCAUCAUUUUUGUCAUUUAUAAUUAAUAGUUUCCAAAACAAAAAUCGUGUGAAAAUGAGUGGAGUUUGGCUGAAGCUAAAAGGUAUUAUCAGCAUAUUAUUACUCUUUGUGUGUCUGUAGGGCAGUAAAGGCCGUAAAGGAUUGAGGGUAAGUUUUCUCUACCGUGGUUUCUAAAAAGCAGCUCUUCCGCUUUAUAUUUUUUCUUUUAUUGAUCUUUAAUCUAUCAACCAAUCAAUCAAUCAGGGGGAGACAGGACUGAAGGGAAGAAGAGGCGUCCGUGGAGAGAAGGUGAGGGAAUGCUUUUCUUUGUGUUGCUGCUCAUUUCCGAUAUAAAUGAAAGUGAAAGUGUCUCUGCAGGGAGAGUGUGGCAUUACUGGGAUGUCGGCAGAGAAGGUAAAACAGACAUUCACUUUGAAUAAAAUACAACAGAUGAAUGGUGUGGACUCUGAAGGUUGAUUUAUUUCAGGGAGACACGGGGCAGUGGGGUGAUGCUGGGCCGAGAGGGGAGCCAGGAUUGAGAGGAAAGCCUGGAGGCAGAGGAACAGUGGGGCUGAAGGGAUCUGGAGGGCCGACAGGGCAGGUGGGUCAGCCCGGUCCAGCAGGAUUUGCUGGUCUGACUGGAGAGCCCGGCCUGCAUGGACAAGUGUUCGUCCUUCCAGGCCAACAGGGAGACUCGGGAAGCCAAGGACCUCCAGUCGCAUGCAGCUGUUCACGAACUCCGCUGCAAAUGGACACAGUUCAGACAAUCGGUCAAAUCUUCAUCGCAGACAAUGAAAAGGAGAUGAGGAGGCUUCGGGCAGAAAACGUGAUGGUGCUGCGAACAGACAGAAAAACUCUUUACAUCUACGCCGAGUCUCAGUGGGUCAACAUCCUGGAGGUGCCUCAACACCAACCAAACUCCGAAGAACGCUGACCUCCAUCUGCUCUCUGAGACCCUCCAAAAUCUGAAUCAUGCAAUAAAAUCUAAGUCUAAGAAAGAAAUAAGAAUUAAAAAAAUCUAUGCAUGUGAAACAUCAUUACAUUGGCCUGCACCAUGAUCCGUCCAUGAUAUAUAUUUGUGUUUCUCAGUUGAUGCUGCAGCAAAGAGAUGACUAAAAAACUGAGUUCCUUUCAAUGGCUGAUGUCUUUUGUUAUUUAUAUCAUUCUACUUACUGUUAUGUUUGUUAAAAAGAACUAGAGUCUUUGAGAGUGGUUUUCAUUUCUUGUUGAUUAUUGUCCCGUUAUCUUGGUAACAGUUUGUUUUAGAGGUCUCCUGUCUGUCUUUCUGACUCUUUGUAGUUAUGUUGUGUCUCUUUUUUAUUUUGGAUUUCUUAGUCUUCACUCUAUGUCUUUUUGUAGUUGUUCUUGUAGUCCUUUUUCUGGUAUACGUUUGGUCACAGUUUUAUAGAUUUUCUGUGAGUUUUUGAUUGUAUUUUGUUUUAUAUUUUAUGUCAACUCAAAACAGAACAGGCAUAGGAGGAGGAGGAUAGAAAAUAUAAACAUGGAAGUGUAAGUUGUAACUAGUAUGUUUUCUGUAUUCAUUACUUUUUCAAAGCUCAGAUUCCUGGACAUGUUGAGAUGUAUUUUUCAUGUCAGAGCAAGUUCAGACUUUUCAGGCAAGUUUUUUUUGUCCAUCAAUUAUUGUUGAACAGGUAUGUAUAAAUAAAUGGUCUAUGUCUAGGU